GAGAUGGAGAACAACAGCCGGGAGCUCCAGGCCAGGAAAUAUUUGGAAAAACAUCGGAUUAUGGAGUUGCUGAACUAUCUCACCAGUAACCUGCUCUUUUUCCAGCCAACUAAGCCAAGAGAGUAUUUAAUAUCUCUAUUGGAACGACUGAGACUUGCUAAAGCAACAGGUCUGUCUUUCCCUUUCUUUAUGGAUCACAGUAACAUUGUGGCUAUGUUUGAGAUGAUGGACUCCGCAGGCAGAGGCAGCAUAUCAUUUGUGCAGUACAAAGGAGCCCUCGAGAACCUGGGUCUGUUAACUGAAGAUGAAGAUUUAAAAGAUGAUGGACGUGGAAUAACUUUGGAGAAAUUCAAGGAUGAAGUGGACAAAAGGGCUCAGAAAAUAUGGUCAGCAUUUUAAUAACACUGUAAGUCAAAGGUAAUAAAUGAUUCUAUAAAGUUUUCAGUUAUCCAGCUUCAUUAAUUCGGAACUUCAUCGUUUAACUUAAUCCAGUUGGCUUCCUCUUUGUUCAAAAAAGGCGGGGAGGGGAAGAUGCACUAUUUUCCAGUGUUAGGCCAGUUUGUCCUCAAAUUAAG